UCGACGAUUGGAAGCACAGAUCAGAAGAAAAUUGGUGGAUUCUACGCGUGAAUUGCACUGGAUAAAAGCUCCCUCGUCGAUGUUAUCGUCGUCGUCUUCUUCUUCAUUUUCCACUGGUUGCUAGAGAGAGAAACUUGUAGAGUGAGAGGAUUGGGUGAUGGAUCUACUUCCAGCGGAGAUCCCGCAGAUCGCGAAGCGGCAUGGGUUCAGGUCUCUGAAGCUGUUGAACGUGGACAUGGACCAAGCGCUCGGAGACGAGCCCUUCGGAGUUGACUACGGAAGACUCGAAAAUGGUCUCCAUUACUAUGUCCGAUCCAAUUCCAAGCCCAAAAUGAGAGCCGCCCUAGCUCUCGCCGUCAAGGCCGGUUCAGUUUUGGAAGAGGAGGAUGAGCGGGGAGUUGCUCACAUAGUUGAGCAUCUUGCUUUCAGUGCCACUAAGAAAUAUACAAAUCAUGAUAUUGUCAAAUUUCUGGAAAGUGUUGGGGCAGAGUUUGGUGCCUGUCAGAAUGCAGUAACAUCCUCUGAUGAUACUGUUUACGAGUUAUUUGUUCCUGUUGACAAGCCUGAACUAUUAUCUCAGGCCAUUUCAGUUUUAGCAGAAUUCAGUUCAGAGGUUCGAGUCUCCACAGAUGAUUUGGAAAAAGAGAGAGGAGCUGUCAUGGAAGAGUAUAGAGGGAACCGAAAUGCUAAUGGACGGAUGCAAGAUGCUCAUUGGGUUCUGAUGAUGGAAGGUUCGAAGUAUGCUGAUCGCUUACCAAUUGGACUGGAAAAGGUAAUUCGGACAGUUCCUUCUGAGGUUGUGAAGCAAUUUUAUAGGAAGUGGUACCAUUUACACAAUAUGGCAGUUAUAGCUGUUGGGGAUUUUUCUGAUACACAGAGCGUAGUUGAGUUGAUAAGGACACAUUUUGGACCAAAAAGUUCGGCACAUGACCCUUUACCUAUACCACAUUUUCCAGUUCCAUCUCAUGAGGAGCCACGAUUUUCAUGUUUUGUUGAAUCUGAAGCUGCUGGGUCUGCAGUUAUGAUUAGCUAUAAGAUGUCAGUUGAUGAGCUGAAGACAGUGAAGGACUACAAGGACUUGCUUACAGAAUCAAUGUUUCUUUAUGCUCUAAACCAGAGAUUAUUUAAAAUAUCUCGUAGAAAGGAUCCACCCUAUUUCUCAUGCUCUGCUGCUGCAGAUGUUUUAGUUCGUCCAGUAAAGGCCUAUAUGAUUACAUCAUCUUGUAAAGAGAAAUGCACUAUUGAGGCCCUAGAAUCGAUGCUUAUUGAGGUUGCAAGGAUUCGGCUGCAUGGAUUUUCAGAACGGGAAAUUUCUGUUGUUCGAGCUCUACUCAUGUCAGAGGUCGAGUCUGCCUAUUUGGAGCGUGAUCAAAUGCAAUCAUCCAGCUUGCGAGAUGAGUACUUACAGCAUUUUCUCCGCAAUGAGCCUGUUGUUGGGAUUGAGUAUGAGGCACAACUUCAAAAAACUAUUCUACCUCAAAUAUCAGCAUCGGAGAUAUCCAAGUAUUCUGAGAAGCUACAAACAUCAUGCAGCUGUGUCAUAAAAACAAUGGAGCCUUGGGCUACUGCAACGGUAGAUGAUCUGAAAGCUGUUGUGUCAAAGAUCAAUUCUCUUGAGGAAGAAGGAAGCAUUUCUCCUUGGGAUGAUGAACACAUCCCUGAGGAAAUUGUCAGCAUAAAGCCAAAUCCAGGGAAUAUUGUGCAGGAGCUUGAAUUUUCAAAUAUUGAAGUUACUGAGUUGAUUCUAUCAAAUGGCAUGCGAGUUUGCUAUAAGUGUACAGACUUCUUUGAUGAUCAGGUUCUAUUUACAGGUUUCUCUUAUGGAGGUUUAUCUGAACUUCCAGAAAAUGAGUAUUUUUCAUGCUCAAUGGGUUCGACCAUUGCUGGAGAGAUUGGUGUAUUUGGUUAUAAACCUUCGGUAUUAAUGGAUAUGCUUGCUGGUAAAAGAGCUGAAGUUGGUACGAAGGUUGGAGCAUAUAUGAGAACUUUCUCUGGUGAUUGUUCACCAUCAGACCUGGAAACUGCUUUACAGCUUGUAUAUCAACUAUUCACAACAAAUGUAAAACCAGGAGAAGAAGAAGUCAAAAUAGUGAUGCAAAUGGCAGAAGAAGCAGUUCAUGCUCAAGAAAGGGAUCCUUACACUGCAUUUGCUAAUCGUGUGAGGGAGCUCAACUAUGGAAACUCCUAUUUCUUCAGGCCAAUUAGGAUUAGCGACCUUCGAAAAGUUGAUCCAUUGAAAGCUUGUCAAUAUUUCAACAAUUGCUUCAAGGAUCCCUCGACUUUUACUGUUGUGAUUGUUGGGAAUAUUGAUCCUGCUAUUGCAGGCCCUUUGAUAUUGCAGUAUUUAGGUGGAAUACCAAAACCUCCUGAGCCGAUUUUGCAUUUCAAUCGUGAUGAUCUCAGGGGUUUACCUUUCACUUUUCCUGCAACUGUGAUUAGAGAAGUUGUUCGUAGCCCAAUGGUGGAAGCACAAUGUUCAGUCCAGCUAUGUUUUCCUGUGGAGCUGAAGAACGAAACCAUGAUGCAAGAGAUUCACUUUGUUGGAUUUUUAAGCAAACUUUUGGAAACAAAAAUAAUGCAAGUUCUACGUUUCAAGCAUGGGCAGAUAUACUCUGCAGGUGUUUCAGUAUUUCUAGGUGGUAAUAAGCCCUCAAGAACUGGUGAUAUCCGUGGUGAUAUAAGCAUAAAUUUCUCUUGUGAUCCAGACAUUUCCUCAACUCUGGUUGAUAUUGCAUUAGAUGAAAUAUUGCGUGUCCAGGAGGAAGGGUGUUCUGAUGAGGAUGUUUCAACUGUUCUGGAAAUAGAGCAAAGGGCCCAUGAAAAUGGUUUGCAGGAGAAUUACUAUUGGCUGGAUAGAAUAUUACGCAGCUACCAGUCAAGGGUUUAUUUUGGUGAUGUUGGCACAUCUUUUGAGGUUCAAGAUGAAGGGCGUUCCAAAGUCAGAGAACUGCUGACUCCAUCAACUGCACAGUUGGCAUUAAAAAGGAUACUACCUUUCCCUUGCAAAAAACAGUACACAGUUGUGAUUCUAAUGCCCCAAACAUCCCGUGUUAAGUUACUGACAUCAUUAUUCAAAUCUACAGAUAACAGUUACAGUAGAAAAGCAAAGAUUUUAGUUGGUGUUGCUGGCCUAACAGUUUUUGCCCUCACUUUGUGGAGAUAUUCUCGGAGAACUCUCAAAUCUUAGAAGAAACUGGUUUAACAGAAGCUCAUAGUUGGAAGAGCAGAGACUCUCAGUAGAAAUAGGGAUGACCAUAUAAAGAAGGUACACGUCAGUUCCAUGUUUGUUGAAUCCCUGAAGAACAAUACCUCAGGAAGUUUUACAAUGAGGCACACUAUGAAUUCGUAUAUUGACCCCCUGGUAUUUGAAAGUGGGGUUGUUUUGGGGCUCUGAUCGGAUCUAUAUCAUGCACCAUUUACCAUUUGUUUCAUUCAAGGCUAAUGUUAUCUCAAAGUGAAGGCGCAGAUGAACAAUACAGGUUAAGCCUAGGCCAAAAAAGAGGAUGACAAAGGCACCUUUUUUCCUUGAUGGUAUCCUCCCUAUUGAUAUGUUGUUACAUUGCACUAAAAUGAAAUCCAUUGUAUUGUAGCUUUUCUAAGGAAACAUUUUAAAGGAGUCCUGUUAAUUCUUUCCUGCA